AUGGUGGCGUUCUUCGCCAUGUACGCAAUUUCCCAGGGAUUUACGACAGGCACUGCAGAAAGCACCAAGACUUUUGGCUCCGUGCUUUCUCCCGUGGCACUUUGUCUGGGUAUUGCCGUGCUUGCAAAUGCUGAAGAAACUGGUGAGGGUGUGCAGUUUUCGACGAUGGAUACUCUCAGCGACAACUAUCGACUCAGCACAGCUCUGAUGAUGUUUGCUUUCGACACGAUUCUGUACACAAUUCUCGGUCUUUACUUCGAGAAGGUUAUGCCGAAGGAGUACGGCACUUCGCUCAAAUGGUAUUUCCCCGUGUCGCCGUCUUACUGGCGAAGCCGUAAGCAAAAGCAAGUAACUGUUGACGACGCGGCGGGCGGUGCUGUUGGCGACAUCGCCGUAGACAUGAACCCUAACUUCGAACCGGUCAGCACUGAGCUUCAACAACAAGCCCUUCAUGGCGAAGCCCUUACGGUUAAGCGACUGCGCAAGGUCUUCCAGGUCCCCGGUGGCGAGAAGAUAGCCGUCAAGGGACUUGAUGUCACCAUUGGUAAUGCUACCUACCGUGGCUUGUCGAUCAACGAGGACAUGGACGAAAUGCGCCGGUCGCUUGGUAUCUGUUUCCAGCACGACGUUCUGUUCCCGGAGCUGACGGUCCAGGAGCACCUCCAGUUCUUCGGACAGAUCAAGGGAUACGCGAAUGAAGAGCUGCAGGCUGUGGUUGAUAGACAGAUCCGUGAGGUUGGUUUGACCGAGAAGCGCAACUCGAAACCCAACGAUCUGUCGGGUGGUAUGAAGCGUAAGCUGUCGGUGGCUGUUUCACUGCUGGGUGACAGCUCGCUGGUGUUCCUUGACGAACCAACUUCCGGUAUGGACCCCUACAGUCGUCGCAGCACGUGGGAGAUUCUGUUGAACAACCGCAACGACCGAGUGAUGGUAUUGACGACACAUUUCAUGGACGAAGCCGACAUCUUGGGUGAUCGGAUUGCUAUCAUGGCUGAAGGUGAGAUGCGCUGCUGUGGGUCGUCGCUGUUCCUGAAGAACCGCUUCGGUGCGGGUUACAACUUGACUCUGGUGAAGGAUGAUGCCAAGUGCGACGAUGAUGCUGUGGCGGCUUUUGUGCAGUCUUUCGUGCCGGCCGCUGUGUUGCUGAGCAACGUCGGCAGCGAGAUCGCGUUUCAGCUGCCUCUUCACAGUUCGUCCGAGUUUGCGACUAUGUUUGCUGAGAUGGAUCGUCAGUUGCAGACACUGGGUCUGUUGUCCUAUGGUGUGUCCGUGACUACGCUGGAAGAGGUGUUCAUCAAGGUGGCAGAGCUGUCGGACGAGCACAACCAGCAUACGCUUGGCAAGCACGUUACACGAGCUAAUUCCGCGGGUUCGGAUGGGUUUUAUCAGCCGUGCGACGAGAUCAUCACGACUGAGUCCAUUUUCCGGAGACACCUGCGUGCACUGCUGCUAAAGCGUUUCCGCUAUGCCAAGCGCGACAAGAAGACAAUUAUCUACGUCGCUGCGCUGCCGGUUCUACUCAUUGCCGCCGGUCUUGGAAUCUUGAAGAGCAGUAUGGCUAUCAACGACGAUCCUUUGAAGGCUUUAACAACCGAUGAAUACUCCGGUAGUGCGACCCCGACGCCGUACUUUUGCCAGGUUGGAGCUGGGGCUGGAGACUGGUGCAGUGAUGUGAUGGCAUCGUCCUACUACUCCGGAGCCGACGCACAGGCACUCUCCAUCCCGGAACCAGCUUUUGACUCCAACUCGCCCACUGUGUUCGGGGUCACUUAUACGGAUCCUGCUCUGAACGCGAGCGGGUACACUGGUUACAGUGUUGCGAUGGGCCAAGAGGCAUUCGAACGUGGAUACGGCAAGGGUGCUGAUCUCGUGGAGGGCCAGUACGGCGGCUACUUGGUGUACGGCGACAGCAGCCAGAACUUGUUUGGCUACAACGUCUUCACGAACACUACGGGAUCCCAUUCGUCAGCAAUUUUCAAGGCGUUGAUGGACCAGGCGGUGUAUCGCUUCUUCGCAUCGAACAACUCCACUGAUUCUGCUUCAAAUCUGAACUUGAAGGUGAACAACCACCCGUUGCCGUACACCGACGCUGCGGAGUCGGUGUUUAGUUCCAACACAUCGUUUGUUGCGGCUCUCUUCGUCUGUAUCGCGUUCACGUUCCUGCCGGCAUCCAUUGUUGUAUUCUUGGUCAAGGAGAAACAGGCCGAGCACAACUCCAAGCACCAGCAACUGGUCUCUGGCGUCUCGCUGCCCGCGUUCUGGCUGUCCAACUACAUUUGGGAUCUGAUCAUGUAUGUCUUCCCGUGUGUGUCGUCGCUGAUUCUGAUCAACGUGUUCGAGAUCUCGGCGCUAACCGGCCAGGACUGUGAUAGCUGCUCGUCCGAGACUUUCCCGGCAGUGAUUCUCCUGUUCGUGCUCUUCGGACUCGCCAUCUGCCCGUUCACGUACUGCCUGUCGUUCCUGUUCAAGGAGCACGCGUCCGCGCAGACGUUCACGAUCGUUCUCAACUUUAUGAUCGGUGUGGUGUUAAUGAUCACGUCCUUCAUCCUGGACCUGUUUGACUCGACUUCCGACGUCAAUUCGGUGCUCAAGUUCUUCUAUCGCUUCUCGCCGCUGUUCAACCUCGGAAACGGACUUCUCAGUAUGGUUACCAAUGAUGUUGACAGCGUCCAGUACAGCGAAGACGGCACAACGAGUCCAUUCAGCACGGAUGUUAUGGGCUGGGAGCUACUCUAUCUCGCUCAAGUGGUGGUGAUGGAGCGUCAGAACGACUUCGCUCGCUUCAAGGUGCGCAGUUCCAACAACGAGGUGAAGCUGUCGAAGAUGUUCGCGCUGGUGGAAGACGUCAAGGCCAAGAUGCACAUCCGCGAGUACAGCGUUUCGCAGACGACGCUGGAGCAGAUCUUCAACUCGUUCGCAAGUCAACAGGAGGAGGAACAGGGAGCCAUUCGUGGCGUCUACCAAGGUGCUUAA